CACAUUCCACAUGUUCCCGUCUAUUCCGAAAGUCACUGACAAAUCCUGGAUCAUUUUUCAUCUCAUACGUUGAUUUGCCACAAAAGCCGCCCUGGAUCUGUGACCACUGGCCUCUACCGUACCUUUACACUUCUAACUUAAAGUAACAGAAACAUGGAUCCUGUUCAAGGCGGGAAUUUAAAAUUUCUGAAAAAAGGCACCGAGAAUGGCUUUGUACUAGUGAGAAAAAGGGAUUUAGAUAAACUAACAACUGAAGUGAUGCAACUGAGGGAGUUCUUGCCCAAAGUGCUAAACAGAGGCUUUGGUGAAAUUCUUCAUGAAACUCAAGCCACAAGAUCAACAAUGGAGCAUGUGACCAAGGAACAAGAAUAUUUGCGACAGGAGUGUCUCCAUCUUCAGUCCAGACUGGAAGCAGUACAAGUUGAAUGCCAAAAAGAAAGAGAGGAGAAGCUGCUGUUGCGUGAUCGCCUCUGGCAAAGUGCCUCAGACCUGCAGCGGCAGGCAGACUUCUGCGCUGAUCUGGGCUCAGCAGCCUGCAGUCUUCUCUGGAGCUGCUCCACCAAGGAAGACACAGUGACACACUGGCUGGUUGAUGGAAAGCUGCAGGCCUUACUGGUCGUUGCUUCCCAGACCCUUCAGAGCUUUAUUGGCUUUAUGGAUGAAGAAAGACAUUCAGAGGAGUUGCAGGGUUACCAGUUUGUUCAGGCCCUGACUGGAACUGUUUCAACAGACAUCGCAGCAGUCUCUUGUGGCCGGGAAUUCCUCUCCACCACAGCUCAGUUUGUGCCAGACACAAUAAUAAAGCUACUGGAAAGGAUGAAGCCAGGAGUGUGUCCAAAAAUCAAAGUGUUGAUGCUGAGCACGCUGUACAAUGUCAGCAUCAGUGUAAAGGGACAAAAGUACAUCAGUCAAAAUCCAGCCCUGCUGUCCGUCAUUUGGAAGUUGCUUGAUGAUGGAGACUGGACGGUUUGUCUCCAGUCACUGCGUCUGCUGCAGUCGCUGAUGCUGGAUGAGGAACAGCUGAUCUCUGAGGACUCCAUUUGGCUGGAUCCUGAGCUGAAGCUCUGUCUCCAACGCCUCUGUUCCAGUCCAAAGCCCAGUUUGAGAGAAGCUGCUGUGCAGGCGUUGAAGGACCUACAGGUGCUGCUGCAGGGUUGGAGAAGUGAACAGAUUGGCACUUGAUGUUUUUGGCAUGUUUUUCAGUCUGCCUGUUCCUCUCUUGUUCGUGUUUUCACAUUAUAGGUUUUUUAUUUAAAAAAAAGCCUGUUUGUAAUGCUGUUUUAAUAAAGCUUCUUGG